UGUGGUACGGCCCGAGCGCCGCUCGGUCCAAAAUGGCGGUGCCUAUGUGCAGCCGCUUGCUGUGGCCUCGGGUGCAGUCCUGGAGCCGAGAACUGCCAUGCGCUUGGCGCGCCCUGCACACCUCUGCGGUCUGUGCCAAGAAUCGGGCAGCCCGUGUCCGAGUGGGUAAGGGGGACAAGCCGGUGAGCUACGAGGAAGCACAUGCCCCGCACUACAUCGCCCACCGCAAGAGCUGGCUGUCGUUGCACACAGGUAACCUGGAUGGGGAGGACCAUGCUGCAGAGCGAACAGUAGAGGAUGUUUUCUUGCGCAAGUUCAUGCUGGGUACCUUUCCAGGCUGCCUGGCAGACCAACUGGUCCUAAAGCGCCGAGCUAACCAGGUGGAGAUCUGUGCUGUGGUCCUGAGGAACCUGCCUGCACACAAGUACUAUUUUCUUGUGGGCUACAGUGAAACUCUGCUGUCCCACUUUUACAAGUGUCCUGUGCGACUCCACCUCCAAACUGUGCCCUCAAAGGUUGUGUAUAAGUACAUCUAGGACAAUUUCUUCUAUUUGCAUCACGCUGUAGCCUGCAAAGAAUAGAAACGUGGAAAGGAGUAAAGUAGAACAGAAGGAAACAUACCCACUCAGAGGACUAAAGCCUCAUUUCUCAGCUGCUAUUGAAUAAAGACCUUCCAUAUUGUCCUA